AUGUGUUCUUUUCAUCUGUCAUUAUCAUCUGUCUUUUGCAUUUGUCCCCUUUUCAUCUGUCCUUUUCAUCUUUUCUUUUCAUCUGAUCUUUUCAUGACUUUCUUUCAAUUGUCCUUUCAAUGUCUUUUUUCAUCUGUUUCUUUUCAUCCAUCUUUUUUCACUCUCCUUUUCAUCUGUCCUUUUCAUCUGUUCUUUUCAUCUGUCCUUUUCAUCUGUCCUUUUUCUUUUCAUCUGUCCUUUUCAUCUGUCCUUUUCAUCUGUUCUUUUCAUCUGUCCUUUUCCUCUGUUCUUUUCAUCUGUCCUUUUAUUCUGUUCUUUUCAUCUGUUCUUUUCAUCUGUCCUUUUCAUCUGUUUUUUUCCUCUGUCCUUUUCAUCUCUCCUUUUCAUCUGUUCUUUUCCUCUGUUCUUUUCAUCUGUCCUUUUCAUCUGUUUUUUCAUCUGUCCUUUUCAUCUGUUCUUUUCCUCUGUUCUUUUCAUCUGUCCUUUUCAUCUGUUCUUUUCAUAUCUUUUUUCAUGUCCUCUUCAUUUCAUACGUCGUUUUCUUUAGUUCUUUUUUUUUGUUUUUUCUCAUCUGUCCAUUUUAUCUCUUCUUUUUAUUUGUACUAG